AUGUCUUCUGUCAAUACCCUUUCCCCGCGUCGCGCCGCUGGCACCCCGGCCGUCAAAAUCCUCCUCCUCCUGAUCGCCUUCCGCCUCGUCAAUGCGCUCACCGUCCGAACAUUCUUCCAACCCGAUGAAUUUUUCCAGUCGCUGGAACCAGCAUGGCAGAUCGCGUUUGGAACAGGCUUACAGGAUAAAACUCAAGGGGCUUGGUUAACUUGGGAAUGGCAACACCGACUUCGAUCCUCCCUCCACCCUCUCCUUUUCGCUGCAGUUUACAAAGCGACCGAUGCGAUUUCCUCGCUUUUUUGCACACCUUCGACGCGCGCCAACCUCCUGAUCGCCGCCCCCAAGACCGUACAGGCCGUUCUGUCAGCUUUAGGUGAUUACUACACUUGGAGACUCGCGAGUCGCAUCUAUGGAGAAGACUCCCGUGGCGCGUGGGCGGCUUUAAUAGCCACUACGGUGAAUCCUUGGCAAUGGUUCUGCUCGACAAGAACUUUGUCCAAUUGCCUGGAAACAACGCUUACGAUUGUCGCGCUGGAUCAGUGGCCGUGGCAAUGGUCAGCUGGCUCCCCCGCCGCCGAUAGCCGCAAGAAUGGUGGGGAGAAGGCCAAGGCCCAGGAUCGCCGAGUACUACUGAGCCUUCGCAAAUGCCUGUCGCUAGCGGGCGUUGCCUGUAUCCUCCGCCCAACUAACAUUAUAAUUUGGAUCACGUUGGCUGCACUCGCUUGGCUUCGGAUCUCCUGGAGUCUGCGUGCGAUUCUUGUGCGCGAGGUCCUUCUUUGCGGGUCUUUGAUCUUAGGUUUCUCAUCGGUGGCAGAUCGCCUGUUCUAUGGGAUUUGGACAUUUCCUCCCUUGCGCUUUCUAUACUUUAAUAUUGCCCAGUCACUAGCAGUCUUCUACGGCCGUAAUAAUUGGCACUACUAUGUGACCGAGGGCUACCCGCUUUUACUCACCACGCUGAUUCCCUUUGCCGUGCCGGGUCUAUAUUCUACUUUGACCAAGCGAGUCUCAGCUUCUUCGCCCUCUGAAAAAGUACAGGCCACCACGCGUGUACACUUGGCAACAAUAUGUAUAUUGAUGCCAUGCGUACUGUCCCUUAUUUCGCACAAAGAAGUUCGCUUCAUCUACCCUCUACUCCCAUCUCUCCAUAUCCUGGCCGCCCCUCGUCUAGUGCAAUUCUUUUGGCCAGCUCUCGCAUUCAGUUCUCAUACCCUUCGCAGACUUUGCCUCCUAUUUCUCCUCGUCAUCAAUGGGUUUAUUGCGAUAUAUACGACCGUAUAUCAUGCCCCGGGGCCACUGGAUGUGCUUAGCUAUCUGCGUGGCCAAUACGAGGGACAUUCUUUGUCAAAUAAGCAUACAUCUGGCUCAGAAAACAGAUUAACGGCUGGGUUCUUGAUGCCCUGUCACAGUACCCCAUGGCGCUCUCAUCUGGUUCAUCCUAUUCAUGCGUGGGCACUUUCCUGUGAGCCUCCAGUCGAUCUCAACGAGGCGCAAAAGGCUGUCUACCGUGAUGAGGCCGACCAGUUCUAUGACGACCCAACUCACUUCCUACAAGAGAACAUGGCCGGUGGGCUGCGCUACCUACCAAGGCAACCAAGCUACGUAACUGGCUUACAAUCCCCGAAUCCAGACCUCCACGAAUGGCCUGAUUACCUUAUAUUCUUCGCCCAGCUGGAGCCCACCAUGCGCAAUCUUGUUCGCGGCUCGUAUGAUGAAUGCUGGCGCACAUGGAACACAGCCUGGCACGAUGACUGGCGUCGCCGCGGUGACAUUGUCGUGUGGUGCCUGGACCCCGCAGAGCAAGAUGCCUGGCGUUCGCACAAAGCAGCGGUUCGUAAUCAAAAGGACUGGAUUUCCUUCCCUCCAUCUUUUCUCACGUCCUUUCCUCCAGCCUCCUCGCUUUCUUCCGCAUCCCUAAUGCGAUUUUUCAAGUCCCACUUCUCUUCAAACCUUUGGUCAUGGAACAAACCUUCCUUGGUCGAUAAUUUCUUAUCAUAUUUCCGAUCAAGAGGUGGCAGUUGGCAACUCUCUCUCCCAUCCUUCCCCUCGCUCUCCUCCCUUUCUUUCACAUCUCUGCGGGGCUUUGUUGAGUCACAUCUCUUCUCUUCGGGCACCUGGUCAUGGGGCAAACCUUCCUUGGUGGAUGAUUUUCUAUCAUAUUUCCGACCAAAGGAUCCCAGCUGGCAUGAUCAGCUUCCACCUUGGCCUGAGUGGCUGGGAGGCCCUUCUAAGAGAAAGAUCGAUAAACGUGAGCGUGAGCUUUGGUCAUAA